AUGGUAGAUGCAGAGCACUCCCACCGCCCGCAUGGGGGAAAGGCCAUCCCAAAAGGGGGCCUCUCAAAGCAAGAACAGGACGUAGUCAAUUCUAUGCAAAACAGGGUGCCCACCCAGGAUGGACUGAUUGCGGGUAAGAUCACUCGCCUCCUCCAACAGUACAGUCUGCUGAACCAUCGUAAUGGGCAAGUCCUGCAGAUGAUACGUGCCUACGUCAAGCAUAACGUGGAAAGCUUUUCCCUCAUCAGACUAUGUGUGUGUGUAAAUUAUUUUUUAAAUUUGAAGAUGGAAGGAGAUAGAAGCUUCAAUUUCGUCAUCACCAAUUCGUUCGUAAAGAAGAUUAAGAAUGAUGAGUUUUUGGACCUCUACGGCGUUUGCUUAAUCGCUAAGUUUAUCCUCAGGGAGAGGGUUACACAUGGGGGCCUCCUCUCCUUGCUGGCCUCUCUGGUGCGCAGCAAAGCGGAUGAAACGUCCAGCCCGCUCGACGUGUACAACUUGGUGGUUUCUCUCCUGAGCAUUCAGAGCGGGGGGUUGCUGCGGGGGGGUCAGGCGGCCACGCAAGGGGGGACUCAAUCCACCAGCCAAACUGCUACGCAAACCGCUACUCAAACCGCCGCUCAACCCGCCGCUCAACCGGCCACCCAGCUGAACGAGCAAAACGUGCACACACUGCUCCAGCUCUACCUCCAGGCAGAAAAAGUGAAAAACGAUCAACUCAUCCUGAUUGUCAACACCUUGAGUGGCAUAGACAGAACGGCCUUCUUUCACCAAAUGGACUUAGCGAAGGGUCAGAGGGUCCAACUGUACGAGGCCCUCUUAAGACGAGUAAACCUCGAGGAGAGGUUCGACGGGAAGGUACUUGCGCUCUUCCUAUUUAGUUUGCAAAGAAUGGUUAAAUUGGGGGAGAUAUCGGAAGGGGUCUUUUUCCACACUGUGGUGAACUUGGCUGCGGCCUUCAGGGAGGCUGCUGUGGGGACGAAGCGGCAGGCGAUGCGGGUGCACUCCAGCGGAGCAGUGACUCAGAAGUGGGGCGGAGGGGGGAACCCCCAGGGGAGGGAAAACAGGAAGGUGGCCCCCAAGGGGGUAGAAGUUCCAACGGGGGGUGGUCCCAGCGGUCCCAGCGGUAUCGGUAGUAUCGGUGGUAUGGGUGGUCUGGAUGGCAACCCCGUGGGGGAAGUUGCCCAGGUGGGGGGCCCCCCAUCGAGAACCCAUUUUAACCUACAGGAGAUCGGCAUGGUGCUGCAAUUUUAUGGCGCCCUGGUGGGGGUCCCCCGGGGGAGGAGGAGCAGCCCGGGGAAAGAAGGCCACGUAGCUUCGCACAGCGUGGAUGCGGAGGACUCCUCUUUAGAAGACUCCGCUGCGGACCACUCCUUUGUGGCCUCCCUGGCUGGGGAAAGGACCCGCCUGGGCAAGCUGUACGGGCCGUCAGUGCUCCUGCUGAAGGAAAGCCUCCUUCUGUACGCCCAAGCGAGUUACGAAAAAAAGGUUAAAAUGAACACCCUCGAUUUCUGCACCCUGCUGAAGGGACUCUCAAGCGUGUUCCAAAAUACGUUGCUAGAUCGAAACAUACUUCCUAUUUUUAGAAACUUCCUAAAGCAUAAUGGGAAGAGGAUUACAAUAAAGGAGUUGCAGAGGAUCCUAAAGUUAAUUUUUGAAAAGAGAGAAAUGGACUUCUUCCCCUUCUUGUGUGGGGGUAAAAAUUGCUCCUUUUUCGACCACCUGCACAGUGUACUUUUAAGAAGCGUCCUCAGCGAAUCACCCUCCUGGUGGAAUGAAGAAAGGGUGGAGGCUUGCAUCAUGUGCUUCUACUAUAUGUCCUUCUUAAGCUUCAACGCGAACACGUAUCUUGUGGUGAACCAAUUUGUCUUGGAGCAGGUGACAGGCGGCCGCGCAGUCGCCCUCGUGCCCUACGUCGUUCUGAGCAGGUUUAACUACCACCGGUUGGAGGUGAGGGCGGCGGAAGCGGCAGGAGUAGUGACAGUGGCAGACGCGGCAGGAGUAGUGACAGUGGGAGAGGCGGCGGGCGGCGCCCGCAACGACCGACUGCCCCAAACCAAGCAUGUCACAGACGACUUCGACCGAAUGGACAGGCUCUAUCAGCUAAUAAAUAGACACCUCGAAAAGUAUAAAACUUUUUUUGUGCUAAACUGUAUUUACGCGCUUACCAAGUUUCUGAAGAAUAACAGGACAAGUGCUUUCCCCCCCUUUUCAAAAUUUCACUUCCCCGAGUUAUUCCACAAAUUGAACGAUCGGCUGUUCAUGCACAGUGGAUUGGAGAGACAGUCAGAAGGGAAGAACCACAUCCCCACCAGUUAUGAUUACUUUGUUAAUUAUGUGAAAUACAAUUACUGCUUAUCUUUUCUUUGUUUGUAUGUCGAUUUGGGUAGCCUUCUCCAAAGGGUCCCCUUGGGGGUUGAAUUUCCAUUUGCCUUUUACACCCCUUUUAAUGCGUACCUUACGGCGGCGUUUUUAGCCAACUACGAACGGUUGUUAGGGAGCGGCGGUUUUGCGGUCCCCCGGGGGGCUUCAGAAGGGUCGAACGAAGCGGUGAGGGGGGCUACCGCUUCUGCUACCGCGUCUACUACCGCGUUUACUACCAAUGCCACUGCACUUCCGUUCGCGCGAGAGCUGGUGAACCCCCCGCGGAGAGAAAUCCAAAUGGAGAAAAAAAAACUGCUGAAAAGCGUAAUGAAGUACGCAAGCGCGCACUGCAAGGUGAUGAGCGUGCACGACCUUAUCCACUUGAUCAAGGCGUUCAAAUUGGUAGCCCCCUUGAUGGGCAGGGACAGUCUGACCACGCUGCACACGUGCAUGUCAAUUUUCACUCGCAGAGGAAACGUUAAGACGAGCACCAGCUUCGAGCUGCUAACAGAGUUGAUCAAAUUUAUGUACCACUUUGAAUUGCAAAACGGGGAAGUGUUUGACGAUUGUCACGACAAAAUGGUGGACAUGUUGAUACUCACGUUCAGAAUUGUUUUUAAAAAUUUACCUGACCGUGCAGACAGUAACUACCUCGGUAUGCUGCAGUUUUCCCUCCUGUAUGUAUCUCACUUUGUGCGCGGAGCAAAUUUGGUUUUCGAUUCGCUAUCCCUCACCGAUUUGAAGCGGGCGGAUUACUUCACGGGCCUGUCGCCGAUGAACUUGGACAAGUACCCCCAGUCGUCGUGCACAUUUCAGUUACAAAUUUUAAAAGUCCUUAAAGGCGUUGUCAAAAAUGAAAAGAGGCUACUAAAUGAAUACCGCGUCGGCGACACACCGUACACGGUUGACAUUCUUAUAACGUAAAAAAAAAAAAAGAGGGGGAGAAAUAAGUGAACCAAAAAAAGGGAAGACGCGACUUUACCGUAUCUCUUUCGCUGCGCAGUGUGGAGCGGCAUCGGGCAGCGGUCGGUGCGCGUUCCUCUCGCGCAGCGGCGAGCAUUUUUCCUGAACAGUUCACAUGCAUCUGCUGCACUGUGCAUAUUUUUUUCUGAACUGUGCACAUUUUUUUUCUGAACUGUGCAUACUUUUUUUUUUCUGAACUGGGCAGAUUUUUUUUUUCUGAACAGUUCAUAUUUUUUUUUUCUGUACUGUGCAUACCUUUUUUGUGUUUGUUGCUUUUGGCUGACUGCGCCAUGGGUUGCCCACUACGGGAGGAAAUCCCCCAUUUUGCAAAACCGCCAUUGCGCUUAGCGGGUUACUCGGCGGGUCUACUCGAAUAAACGCUGU